AAUAUUAAACUAAUGCCUGGACACGUCGUGAGCCGUCAGUGUCCCUGAUAAACCUAAACAGUGUCAACAUGGCUGGUGUUGUGAGUGUGUCUUGUAGGUCUGUAGCUCGUCUAGCUUGCCUGAGCACUCCAGUCCGCCACACUAGCAAAAAUAUAACACUUAUUAGGAAGGCUCUGCUCUUACAAUGUGUACCCAGUCACCACCAACUGGAGACCAAAAGGACAUUUUUUCAAACUUCUUUAUGCUCAAUGUUCAUCAAAGUUCAAGAAACGCCUAAUCCAAAUUCUCUCAAGUUUUUGCCAGGAGUCCAGGUCUUGGAGUCAGGUACAGCUAACUUUCCAAACAUCACAGCAGCUCAGAAAUCCCCAUUAGCUAAGCUGCUGUUUAGAGUUGAAGGGAUUCGUGGUGUUUUCCUGGCAACUGAUUUUAUUACAAUAACAAAGGAGGAGGAUACAGCAGAAUGGCGAACUAUUAAGCCAGAGACUUUCGCUGUCAUCAUGGACUUUUUUGCUUCUGGCUUGCCAGUCAUUCAUGAAAUUGAUCAAGCAGAAAGUGAACAUGCUGGAUGUGAUGAGGAUGAUGAUGAGACAGUAGCGAUGAUUAAGGAACUUCUUGACACUCGCAUUCGUCCCACAGUACAGGAAGAUGGUGGUGAUAUUCUUUUCCGGGGAUUUGAUGAUGGAAUAGUUUAUCUUAAGAUGAUGGGUUCAUGCACUGGAUGUCCUUCCUCUGUUGUUACACUCAAGAAUGGUGUUCAGAAUAUGCUCCAGUUCUACAUACCAGAGGUUGUUGAGGUAGUAGAAGCGAAAGAUGCAGAUGAUGAGCUAAUUGAAGAGGAAUUUAAGAAGUUUGAAAAAGAGCUCGAGUCGAAGCAGACAAAAACAGAAUAAGUCAACUGUUAUUACCCAAAAUUCUAAGUAUACAAUUGCAUUAAUAUAGUUACUUUAAACCUAUUGUGUACAUACUAUAUCUACUUAAAUUUGUGGAAAAAGUUAAACUUUUCUUAGAGUUUUGAAUAUAAUGUUCAGAUUUCUUCCACUUAGCAUAAACAGCGUCUGAAAAUGUAAAUUUAUGUACUCGUAUACCUUAAUUAACCCUUUCAGGGUCCGUCCCGUAGAUCUACGUCAUGAGCUCAGCUCACUCUGAUAAACUGUGAGUGGUAAAUUUGGGCCUAGAUAUGAGAGAAUACAUCUAUGUGGUAUGUGUGCACCACAUAAAACAAAUCCUGCAGCACACUGUGUAUAAUGAGAGGAAAAAAACUGAGACCGUGAUUUUCGAUUAAAACAGCGACUUUGCAGUGUUUUUUCGUAUGUUUUUUAUAGUUGUAUUUGUGAUUUCUUGGUCUCAUUUGAUAGAAUGGAAGACAUAUUACAGAAAUAGAGAUAAUUUUGAUUGGUUUUAGCACUGGAAAUGGCUUGAAACUGAGCUCAAAGUGGCGGAAAUGUUAAAUUUUUGCCGAUGUUCAAGAGUAAACAAACGACCUCACACGUCUAAUACAUGCCAGCUGGUCGGUCUGAUAUACAUUCAUAAAUGUGGUGAUGAUAUUUAUACAAUUAUUACAAUAUUGCAUAACAGUAAAUCUUCUAUUUUUUGGUGUGAAUAAAAAUUCAUUAUGUGAAUAAAAAAUAAAAAUGGAAUUUAUUUGUAAAGCCUCAAAAUGUAACUAAUGAACAGAGGAAAUGUUAGUUUAGUGCCAGGAAUACCUACAUUGUUUAUUCUGGAUCCUAUUUUGAAAUUGGAAUAUUUUGAACUUUGUGUUAAAUUGGCCAAAUUACCAAUUUCCGGUCACUUUAUUUUGUAGUUGAAAUAGUUGACUUGGCAAUUUCUUGUGCUCAAUCGAUAGAAUAGAAGUAAUCCUAGUGAAAUAGCUAAGAAUUUGGUCGACUGAAAUAAUGUAAUUGGCCUAAAAUGGGAGUCAAAGUCGGCAAAAUCGCCGAUUCAUAAAUAUCGCUGACACAUCAAAAUUCACGAGAGCAUAAUUUCGUCAAUUUCCCAUCAAAUUUCGUACUUUUUUUUUAUUACAUUCACAAAAAGAUUCUCUACCAUUUCAUAAGAAAAAAAUAACAAUUUUUUUUUUUUUAAAUUCUUGGACACUGGGGCACCACUUCAGAUUUUGGCCUUGGACCCUGAAAGGGUUAAGGAUCGCUGGAUUUCCAGUUAUAUUUUUUAACAUGUUACAGAAUGAACUGAAAUUUAGCAGUUCUAAUUUGUUAAGUCAGUGUUACACAGACCAACAACUGUACAGGAGUUUACUUGAGAUAUUCCCAAUUUAGAAUACAGACCAUCCCUACAGAUUCACAGGGCUUAUGUUUUGAGAGGUCCCACUAAAUUGGAAACUGCAAAUGGUUCCGUUUGCUUACUCUACUUUCAACAAACUGGCCGUAUCCCACCAAGGUAGGGUGGCCCAAAAAGAAAAACAAAAGUUUCUUUUUUAGUAAUGUAUAUAGGAGAAUGGGUUACUAGCCCCUUGCUUUCGCAUUUUAGUCGCCUCUUACAACACGCAUGGCUUACGGAGGAAAAAUUCUGUUCCGUUUUCCCAUGGGGAGUUUGCUUAAUAUUGUUUAAUAUUAAUAAUCAUUAGAAUUCAUGAUCAGAAUAGAGAUAUUUGGGCAUGGGAAAGUCAGACAGAAAAAAAUGUUGGUUAGUUGAAAUCUGCAAAAAUGGAAGCCCGUGAAUUUGAAGGAAUAGUUGCACUUUUAAGCUAACUUAUGACAAGGAAAUUCUCAAAACUGUAUAUAAUUAUUUAUACUGAAUAAAUUAUACUGCAUA